AUGCAAAUGGAACCAUGGCGGAAACGAGGGUUUGUCCCAGACUCAGACGAAGAAGAUGGUUUCGAUUCCCUUGAUACGAGCGAACAGGCGGAUGAAGAUGCGAACGACGAGGUCGACCUCAAUUAUAUCCCCCUCCCUACUGCGACGACGUCGAACCUCGAGCAACGUCCUGCAAAUGCCGAAGAUUCAGAGCUGCGGGAUGCGAUAGAACCCUCGGAGGAGCAUAAUGGCGGUGAAUUAGUUGAAGGCUCUCAGGAGCUGGUGGAUUUGGUUUCGACGCCUGCCGCCAAGACAGGGCUAGCUGUUAAGCAGAGACCAGAGCCAACGAGUGCGGCAAAGGAAUCUCCAGCAGAAGCACCUCCGCCAGCUGUUUCAUUGGAUGAACAGCUAGUGAAGCCACAACGGGCACCUAGGACGUAUGGGAAACGACACUCAGCAACGAAAACGCCUGAUGGAAAAGCCAACGAACCCUGCGCCUUGCUGGCAGAGCUUAACGAUGAUAUAUGGGAUAUUCCUAGUUCGCCAGUGACGCAAGUCAAGCCUGUCCGGAAAACAAAAAUCCAAGAAGCUACCCCAAAGCCAUCUAUACCCGCACCAGCUCUACAGGUUCAAAUACCUCGAGGAUUUGAGGCCGUGAACGGCCAUCCGUCUAGUGAUAUAGGGAGAUCGGGAAGUUCUUCCCCGGAUGAGCUCGCCUUUAUCCUACCACCGCCGCCAAUGACAUCUACUGCGACCAAGCAGGCCAAUAAUGUACACACGGGAGACAUUGCACCAGAAGAAAUGUCAGAUAAUGACUCUCCCUUGUCAUCGCCCCCGUCGUCGCUUCACUCGCCACCUCCGGAUGCCGACGAAAUUGAGACGGAGACAACGUCAGCAAUACCCCCAUCAGAGAGUCUGAAUCCAAUUGUCCCGGAUCUCGACAUCCCUCAGGAACUUCUGACGGAAUUCGCUCAACCAGUGCGGAGAUCCUUUCGCGAGCGUAAUGCGAUUCAAUUGCAUCCAUAUGCCCUGGAGAUGGCCAAGUAUCAGAGGCUGAUGCAAGAACGAGGCAUUCGCCCGGUGCGAAUGGCUAUGCCGGCAGAAAAGAGCAAGCAAGAUGAGAGAACGGAUGAAAGCCAGGAACAAGAUGAUUUCAACCCUAACACACUUCGCUCGAGUCCUCCCCUAGAGGAAUUUCUUCCUCCGGUUAGGUCUGCGCGGCGGUCUGAAGGUGAUUCAACUCGGCAGCCAACUCGGCAGCGUGUUCAUCAACCCUCUCCCAUCCACCGGGUGCAUUCACAAAAGCGGAGAAAGAAAUCAUAUUCUGGCCAUUGGCGUGAACGAUCGCUCGAAAGCCGUGGCAGACCCCAAGUUGUCAUCAACGUCAAUACUACGCCAAAUAAUCGGCAGGAUCUGUCUAUAUUUGACAUAUCGUCCAGUCCGCCGCACUCGAGGAGUGUAUCAUCAACUUCAAGAACGCCACGAGCAUCAGAGAGCAUGCGAUUUUUGUUCGAAUUCACACCACCUCCGACUACAACCCCGGGUGGUGAUUCAAAAACGGCGACACCCGGGAUAGAUGAAGCCGGUGGGAAGGAUUUGGACCACCCAGACGCAAUCAUUGAGAUCGAUGAUGACUCAGAAUCGCAAGGAUCUCGACAACCAUCCGCGGAGCCCGAGGCAGGUGUAGAGGAUCGUCAUAUUCGGGAAUUGCAACGAAGGACUCGGGGUGUUCUUCCUGCAUCCUGGGUUCGGCUGAAUGCCGAGCAAUCCGAAAAGCAAAAGGCCAACCAGAACAAUCGACAUGCUCUAGCGAGGAUAGACGGGAAAGGCGUUGCCAAGAAGAUAACUCGAAAACCUGAGAAGCCAGGGAGAGCGAAUCCAGGUCCGAGUCGAGUUUUGUUUGAUUUUGCAGACUUUGACGAGAGCGAGGAUGAUGAUGAUCAACGCACCAAUAUCUCCGUCUCUGCCAGCACCAAUGCCCAGGAAAGACAGGCAGGGAGGUUGGAAUUAGAGGAUGCAUUCGACCGAGAUGGAGACGCUAUGGAGGAUAAUCGUAUUGACUACAUGCUUGCAACGACCUCUCGCAAAUCAUCCGGUCCCCGUGAGAGGCAAAAGGAACUGAAACGAGUGAAAUCGAAGGAAAGCUCAGGUCAAACCGAACGUCGCUUGAAGAAGGCUCGCUUGCAAAGACAAACCAGACUCACGGACUCUUCCUAUGGAGGACGUCGAACGAAGCAGACUUCAUCAAGGUCAGCACCACGGUUGGGUAUCUUGGAUGCUCCAGACGUGGCUGCUAGGCCUCGGAAAGAACAGCCACAGUUCUUGCGAAUCGCUGCAAGAGGAGCUCGAUCACGUCAAGAUCAGGGUCGCCAAAGCCCGACUCGGAAGUUCGUGCAGCUGAGCUCGAGAUUGGACACGGCAGAGGCAAAUCAGUCUUUGCGUGACUGGAAAAGAGGAGCAAUACCUCGGGCCAGGACCACACGAACUCCGUCAAAGCCUCGCAAGCGCCAGACGCUGACAGCUCUUUCAUCUGGCAGUCGUCGUGCUGCCCCUGUUGUCCGGAACCCGCGUAUCACCAACCAUUUCGCUGCUACCGAGAUUGAGACUAUCUCAAACCAUGACGAUCAACCUGUGCCUGUAUCGGCGCCGGCCAGGGAUUCCUCGGUUCCUAUUGAAAUCGCAGCCCCUCCAAGCGCAGUUAUUGACCCUGCACCGGCUGCACAGUCAGAGCGACGCGGUCAUCAAUGGAUCGUGCAAAGGAACAUGCCAAUAACAUCAUUACGGCGAAAUGAUCCCCGACCCGCUCCAACAAGCCUUGCAGCGCCUCAGGGGAACCAGUCAGCUUCAAAGGACAUUUUCCGUCGGUCUUUGACUUUGCUCAAUCGAAGCUACCGACAUGAACAUUCGUCCAAGACUUUCAAGCCUAGUCUGACGCUUGAUCGGUACAUUUCAGAGAAAGGCGCGGCAGCUUCUCAAGCUCUCUCGGGACCGUCUCUGGCGGCUAUCGAGACAAGAGCAUCAGAUGCUAAAUCUCAAUCUGCUCGUCGCCGUAUGAAGAAACACCGACCAACUCGCAUCAAUCUUGAAUCGGACGAGUUUGUGCAGAAUCAAGAUCCAAUCACAGCGAUUUCUGAUGACUCGGACUCCCCAACUAUCACUCAUUCUGCUCCUGCUCAGACAUCAUCCUUCAGCCUGGGUGGCAUGUUCAAUUGGCAACGCUCAUAUUCGAUUGACUUCGGGAUACUGCCUUUACGUGACGGUACCUUUUUCCACGAGUCUACCUUGAUAGGCAGUGGGGAUUUCUCUCGCUCACUACAUGUUACAAAGCGAGACCUGGACAAGGAGGCGGGCUUCUCAUCAAUAGCUGUGAAAGAUCGGAUGCUACAGUGGGGAGCAUGGAACGAAAGGGUUUCCUCGGAACUGGGGUCUGUCUUCGGGAUGAUACUGGAAGAUGUUGACAAGAGCGCGUCGUCAUCACUGGCUGCUAAUGCAGGACCAGGCCUGAUGGCUGCAUUUCAUGCAUACCGGUCGGUAGUCACCUAUGUGACGGAUCAUCUUUCAUUCACCGACCCAGUUGAUCGGACAAGCUUCAUUGCGCGAGCUAUGGGAUUAGUCUUCUCACUGAGGGAUCCUCUGGCUGCUUUUAUCGCUGGGACCGAAUACAACAGGACUGGUCUCGUGCGAAUCGCGUGCUACAACCUGCUCUUUGCAAAUCAGAUUCGUCAAAUUUCCUCUCACAACCUCGCUGGAGGUGUGCUUACCGAGGACGCUUUGAAUCUUGUCAAUAUAUGUGCCACGGAUACCAUCGCAUUGAUUGAGUCUGAUACGGGGAUGGCCGAGAUUCGACGCCUGUUCGAGGAGAACAAGAAGCCAGAACAGCGAGAAACUGGCCUUCGCGAACAAUUCCCUACAGCAGAAGCUUAUGUCAUUAUUGAGACACUAUUUCGCAGCUCGGACAUGUUGGAGGGGAUAUUCAAUGAUCUUCAAGUCGAUGCAUGCACCAAGAGUAUUGCUCGCAAUGACAGGGAUGUUGCUCGCAUCGAGACAAGAUGGCGUCAGCUGUUCUCACUUCUCCCCUUCCAUGAUAUCGACAAUCAUGGCAUUGCCCGUCGAGAGACCCGGUUCAAAGCUGUGCAUGAUAAUUGGCCGCUCGUCAAAAAGCUUUUGUCUCCCGCACUAGACAACUACGGCGACAACUCUAGGACCCAGCCCAUUUCAUACAAUGUGUACUGCCGAGCGCUCUUCCAAAGAUGUCAUCGAUUGAUCAAUGCCUGGGGGUGGAGAGAAUGCAGACCUAUUCUCGACACUCUAUAUGACUUCUUUGCGCAGAACACCCUGAAUAACUUGAAGCUCGAGGAGAGCCGUGGGUCUCCUUCGUUCCUCGAUGAGCUCGAUCAAAGCCCGUCCUUGGAGUUGCAACCGGGGGAGCCAUGCUUUCAUACACUGCUGAAGAUCAUUGCAAGCGGUCUGCGCUUUUUAUCCGAGCGAUACAAUGAUAAGAAGGUCCGGAACUUUGCAUGGCGACUGUUGCCAAAUCAUGGCCGCGUCUAUCCGAAAGAGAAGCCUCUACUUCGUGAAGAUCUCGAUGCCUUGAGGAAUCAUCAUGACCUCCUCUGUACGUUGUACUGGGUUAUUCCUCCCGGAUUGCGGUUUCGAGUUGAGAUCAUCCGAGAUCUGGUCCAUCCAGCCAGGUCGCACAAUGAGACGUGUAGCAUCAAUCUCCGCGCAUGGACAAGACUGGUUCGUUUCAAGCUGUCAACAGACGAGGACAUGUCGGAGUUAGAGCCGUUUGCCAACUGGCACAGCUUUUUCGUAAGUGAGCUUCGACAUCAGCACGCUCAUGCUCGAAAGGAAAUUGAAGCACAGAGCAAGAAUGGCGAACAAGUCUCUCAACAUCUCAUUGAAAGCACUAUCGCUCAGAACCAGCGACCGAUCGAGAAUCUGUUGUCCAUGGCACUGAAUGGCAUGCAGACUGCUGUGGAGCGAGCACCAUCGAUUGAGCAUGCACUACGCCUCAUCUCGAUGACGCCUUUCGAGCCUCUGCUCGGGCUUUUCAACCCAAAGCUAGCGCGAGUGAAUGUGGUCGUUUCUGAUGCGUUGCAGGUGAUUGAGGCUUAUGUUCAGAAGGAUCCUGCUAUUGCAUCAGGUGCUGCUGCGCAGAGAGCAAUCCCCGCGGCUGUUGUAUCAACGGAGGAUGAUAGUCAGGAAUUCGAGGAUGUUGACUGGGAUGAAAGCCUCGAUAACGCCAUGGUACAGCCAGAACCUCCAAGCGAAGGCGUCCAGCAUGUUGAGCAAGUCCUUCAUCCUGUCGUUUCCCGUCUGCUUUCCAAUUGUUUCGGCGAGGACCACUGUCCCGAAGACGCUAUUCUCACUAGCGUUGUGGAUUGCUGGACGUCGGUUGCCCAGAUUAUGGUCUUCCACAAGCUGAGACAGUGGGACAAUUACUUGGAUCCUGUCAGCGUUGAGUCCUGGGCUAGUCUCCGGGAGACGGUGCAGACUCGGAAAUUCACACCGCGUUUCCUGGCAGGGUGUAUCGAGAAAGACGGCCGCAUUCUCUCCGACAGUCGAGUCCUUGUCAUGGGUAUCUGGAUUUCUUCCCUGGUGGAGCGGUCUUCGAUGUUGAAGUUCCAACAUCGUCUCACGGAGGCGCUGCUGAAUGGGAGUCCCCAUGACCCGUUGCUGCAGAAUCUUCCUUUUACCAAGGACAAAAAGAGUGAGCGGUACACGAUUACGCUGGAAGAAUUCAGCCAGCGACGGAUUUCUCUCCUCUCGAGCAUCUUGUCAAACAUGCGCGAGCAUGUACUGAGCCUCGAAGCCUUGGACAGCCCAGACUUGAACGUCACCAAACAAGAUUACUCCGAGAUGCUUCAGAGACUGAUGACCGCGAUGCGAAGUAAUUAUCAAGAACUCGGCAACGGAGCUGUUAAAUCUGCCCAAGGCGCAUAUGUCGACUUUGUGCACCGCAUCAUCAGGUUCUUGCAAGAACUUACCAGCGAUAUCCGGCCUGUGGACCCCUUCUUCACAGACCCGGCUGUAUUUCCCCUGCCAUCCUCGGACCCACGCUACAUUGUUGCAAAAUUGAAGCGUUACGAGCCCAAGUUGUCCUCCAGCAAGGAAAUGCAGGCCUUGACCAUGUUCAUCCAGAGUAUUGUCGAGAGAGCGACUAUGGAUGGUCAGCAUGAUCAUCUAGUCAGUCAGCUACACUCGGCUAUGAAGGAUAGCUAUGAGUCGGGAUUGCUCAAUAAACCAACGCUUCGAGCUGUUCUUCUACAAUGUGUGUUCCCAGCAUACAUUGAGCUCGCUUUCAGCAAUUCGACUGCUUGGUUGCUUUGUUUGCCUAUCAUUAAGAGCAUCUCGCUCGUGUUCAAUGACUUGUUGUUCAACUUGAACACGAUGGAUUCUUCUUGCGUGUCCUCCGUCUUGCGAAUUUUCGAAGCUGUUUUCCAAUCAGCCCAUCAAGCACUCCGCCCUCUCUCCAAUCGACCAGCCCGACUCAAAGACCCUGUUGUCUUGAUCAUGCUCACUGCAUUCGUCGAUAUGAUAUCCUCAUCUCUCGUCGUGGUAGACUACAUCGACCGUGUAACCGAUGUCGCAGAGGGUGUGCUCUCAUACAUCGAGUGGUUCCGGGAAUUCUUCAGAGCGGUGUCCACAUUACAAGCGUCGGAUACAGCUGUUGCCAUUUUGACUGUGUCGCAUGCGGGUGGUUCCACCAAUGAUUUACCUCCCCAGCUGGCCACUGCUCGGCGCCUUGCCUUCGAGGAUCAUCAAUCCUGUCUCAGGAACUGGUCCUUCCAUGAUGGCAGAUACUAUUACACUCGCCCUGGACACGACUCAAAGCUCAUCACGACGGAGCCCGAGGUCACUGCCAUGAUCGAGAACUCGGAUAUCACGAGACUGGAGUUUGAGGAUGCUGUCUCGGACUUUGUGGACAGGGUCGAACGGUUCAAUAUGCUCCAAGAGUGA